UUCCAUUAACGAACGUUCGAAAACGUUUCACGUGAUUGAUGAUUAUUAAUGAAUUACAUAAUUCAUGACUAAUUUGGUUGCCUGGCGAUUAGUGGGACUAGAAACCUUAAGCUGGCGUAGAGUUUAUUGGACCUUUUUGAGGCGCAACCGAAACUUGCAACAUAUCCAGCUUUCUCUCCAGCGAUCGACAGACAAGAGAAAGGCUGACAGCCUCACAACCACAACCUGUACUAGUCAUCUACCCAUCCAUCUUCUGGAUCCUCUAGUUAUCACAGGAGCAAGUCUGAAGGAGCAAGAAAGGGCGCCACAACACCGCGCGUCGAGAUGUCUUUAUUCAAUAGACCAUACGUGUCCAAUGGCCACGUACUAGAGAAUCCGCCGCUCUCGGCCAAGAUACGCCGCUUGUUCCAAUGGUUAUAUAUGUUUUUUGGUCUCUAUUUUGUCAGCCUUUUCUCGUUUACUCCGUAUGCUGCCGCCGAGGCUUCCCAGUUUAAUAUCAAGAAUCCUUCAAACCGCGACCCUAGAAAUAGGAAUAGAGGCAUAGGCAGAGGCGGCGGUGGUGGUGGAGGAGGAGGUUACGAUAGGAGAGGCGGAGGAGGUGGUGGCCCCUCAAAGCGAAUUGGAAGGGUGGAUGAUGUCCGCGGUCCAGAAUGCAAGAGUUGUCAGUGAUGGGUCUAUAUUCGUAGGCGGGUAAUAUGUACGAAGUAACAUGAAAGGCCAGAAUGAACGUAUUAAAUAUAUAUAUAUAUAUUAAUUUUUUUC